AUGUCCCUUUCUUGUCCCACUAAUAAUUCCUCAAGAGAAAAUUUCUGGAUUCCAUUUUUUGACGAUAAAGAACUCGAUAUUGAAUUAAAGAAAAAAUCCCAAAUGUUAAUUAUUGAAUAUCUACAAAGCUUUCGUCUUUUGAAGACUGAAAGGAUCUGCAGCAAAUGUGGUAAUGAUAUGAGUAUAAAGUGGAAAAAUGGAUACUUCUGGCGUUGUCCCAAGAGAAAUUGCCAAGCAAUAAUUUCUGUACGUUCUGAUAGUGAAUUUUUUUCAUUUCAGAAUAAUAAAAACAGAAUUUCGCUUUUCAAGAUUCUUAAGCUUCUAGAGUAUUAUCUCAUGCAAACGCCUAUUCCCUUUUCAGUACAGAAGCUUAAUCUUGAUCGAAAAGCAGUCUAUGAUUGGCGUUCUUUAUUUAGAGAUCCGCCUUAUAUCUUGUUUGACCGUGCAGAACCUAUGGGAGGAUUAGGAGAGUUAUGUCAAGUUGAUGAAAUAUUACUAAGAGGAAAGAGAAAGAAUAACAAAGGUCGUUAUACAAUUGGUGAUCUGGAAGGAAAGCAACAAGAAAGCGAUGAUGAAGAUGAUGAUUAUGAAGAGCAUAGAAAUAUGAGAAACUAUGGGGAUAAAGUAGAUGGUCCUUGGAUUUUUGGCAUUUCCUGGUAUAGGAAUGAUGAAUGGAAAUUAAAUAAUCGACGAGGGUUAUUAGAUAGAAUUUCUUUAAAAAUAAUCUAA